CUCUCCUCCAAUUUCAGCUUCCAAAUUCCACAACAAUGGCGGUCGAUUGCGUAGGAGUUCAAACUGUAGAGCAUCUCAGUCGUAUGUUUCAGUUGACUGGCCAUGACUUUAACGUUUCGUCUAAUUUCAAACAUCCGGUGAAGCGGACCGGACACGCUCGAUUUCGCCGUGGACCACCGCCUUCUUCCACCGACUCUCAAGGGACUUCAACUUCUUCACAAUCGGAAGAGAAACAGCAAGAUGUGUCGAAGGAGUGUUUUUCAAACAAGUCUACAUCGUCUAGGUCUACGAGCUCGUCGUCUAUGGUAUCUUCUUUACUCGGAGGAGGAUCGGAAGGAAGUGUUUCGAACGGUAAACAGUUUUCAUCAUUAGGUAUAGUAGCUCCGGCACCGACGUUUUCAUCUAGGAAACCGCCUCUACCAUCGACUCACCGGAAAAGGUGUAGCGCAGACCGUCCUACGGCUUCCUUACACGGAUCUGGAAGGGAGAACCAUUCGGUUUCUCGAAGCGGUUGUCAUUGUUGCAAGAGAAGGAAAAUCGGAUCAAAACGUGAAAUACGGAGGGUACCGAUUAUCGGAUCAAAGGUCACAAGCAUACCGGCMGACGAUUACUCAUGGAAGAAGUACGGCGAGAAGAAGAUCGACGGAUCACCAUAUCCAAGAGUUUAUUACAAGUGCAAUACCGGAAAAGGAUGUCCGGCGAGAAAGCGUGUGGAGUUAGCGUUAGACGAUUCAAAGAUGCUUCUGGUAACAUACGACGGAGAACACCAACACCGUCACCAUCACGCUCCAACGCCGGUACCGACAAGUUUGACCGGUUUGGCUGUUCAGUCAAAGUGAGGGAACACCAUGUGGUCCACCGUCACUUUGCACAAUUUUCUAAGGUCAACAAAACAGUGUAGUAGGAAAAAGAAAACGACUUUUUUAUUCUAACUUUAGUUGAGGGUGUAAUUUGUAAGUUAGUCAAAGUUUAAGGGUGUAAAUGUAAAAUCAAAAGAUGCCUCUCACCCACCCAGAUCUAAAUGCGAUUUUGUUCCAACUGACUUUCU